AUGAGUGAGAAGAAGUUUCAAAAGUGGUGUCAACAGCCUGGUUGCUCCAAAAUUGCCCAAGGAAGCAGUCAGUUUUGUGUCGCGCACGGAGGCGGCAAGAGAUGCAAACGAGAGGGUUGCAAGAAAGUUGCCAUUGGAUCCACAGAGUUUUGUGUUACCCAUGGAGGCGGGAAAACUUGUGUGCACGAGAAUUGUAUCAAAAUUGCUCAAGGAGGGACCGACUACUGCAUGGCCCAUGGUGGCGGCAAACGAUGUGAAAUUCCCGAUUGUACCAAGGGAGCUGUUGGUGGAACCAAUCUCUGUGCUGCCCAUGGUGGUGGAAAACGAUGUGAAUAUACAGAAUGCAGAAAAAUUGCUCAAGGAGGAACCGAUUAUUGUGUAAGCCACGGCGGAGGGGUUCGCUGUAGUUUCCCUGAUUGUGAUAAAAGUGCGGUUGGUUCGACCGAUCUUUGCAUUGGCCAUGGGGGAGGGAAACGCUGUCAACAACCAGGCUGCGAUAGGGGUGCACAAGGAGGCGGAGGUUUCUGUCGGAAACACGCUCCUACCUGUCUGGGAAAUGAUUGCAAAGUCAAGGCGGUGUCAAAAAGUGGCUUUUGUCCAAAUUGCAAUCGCAAGCGUAAGAGGACAGACAUGGUCUAG